CUCAUGUUUGGGUGGGAAGGAGGCGAGAUCUGAGAUUUGCGCGUUUUAUUUAGGAAUUUUGGACAAUUUGACUGCAGUAACGUCAAUUUACGGUAGUUUUGCACGCUAAAACAUGCAAAUCUAUUCAUGCUAGUGGUUUUCAUUGCGCUGCAGCUGUGUUGUUUAUUAUUUCCCCUGUUGGCAUUGGUCCGAUAAGGAUAAUCCGAAGGCUGUAUAGUGAUUUAUUAUGAGCUGCUGGGUGUUUUUCUGUCCAUAGUCCAGGGGAGGUGUUAGUGUGCGGAUCGUAGCUUUGUCCCGCGCCGAAUGGAAGCGAUCUGUCCCCGGGUACUGCUCCUCAUCUGCCCGCCUGACCGCGUCCCUUCUCCAGAUAGAAAUCAUGUCGGUGUCCGGGAUGAAGAAGCAGUUCCACAAAGCGAGCCAGAUGCUGAAUGAGCGGCUGAUGGGAGCUGAGGGAACCAAGCUGGACCAAGACUUCCUGCAGAUGAAAAGGAAUGUUGCUGUUAUUCACCACAUGCUUCAUGAGCUCCUGUCAAAAACCACAGACUUCCUCCAACCAAACCCAGCGCACAGAGCCAGACUGAGUGUCCUGAAGACCAUGUCCAGGUUGCGGGGACAGGGGUCAUCAGAGGGGUCGUACCCGCAGCCAGAGGGCAUGCUGGGAGAUUCCAUGGUGCACUACGGCCAUGAGCUCGGACCAGCCUCAGAAUUUGGUGGAGCUUUGACUGGUGUGGGUGAAGCUUUACAGCAGAUUGGAAAAGCCAAAGAGGAUCUGGACACAAACGUCAAAUGUACUUUUAUAGACCCUCUGCAGCAUCUCCACAACACUGAGAUUAAAGGGAUCAAGUACCAGUUGAAGAAAGUGAACGGCCGACGGUUGGACUUUGACUACAGGAGGAGGAGGAGGGGGAAGAGCUCCUCAGAGAAACUGCACACAGCCUGGGACAAGUUCCAGUCGUCUAAAGAGCUCGCAGAGAGGAGCAUGUUCCUGCUGCUGCAGAACGACGUGGAUCACUUGAAUAACCUGUCAGCUCUGGUCACGUCUCUGUUGGACUUUCACAGAAACUCACAACACAUUCUGCAGGACCUCCAGUCAAACCUCCAGUCCAGACUGACCUCAGCGAGUAACCAAACAGAGAGGAGGUACCGGCCCCGAAAGUCCAGGAGCCGCUCACAGAACAGCUUCAGGUUUUACCAGCAGCCCUCCAUCACCUCCACCGUAUCCUCAGAUCAGGUGAUUGAGAUCGCGUCCAGACCUGGCAGCCCCAUCACAUGUUACGCUGACAGCGUCGUGCCUCUGGACCAGCCCUGCUGCAGAGCGCUGUACUCCUUUAAAUCUGAGCGAAACGAAGAGCUGAACUUUGACCCCGGUGACAUCAUCAUCCUCACAAACCGCGUCGACGAAAACUGGUUUGAAGGAUCCAUCGGGAGCCGGUCCGGACUGUUUCCCGCCAACUACGUGGACGUCCUGGUGCCACUGCCCUCACAGUAAAAGCACCAAACACAAAACAUCAGCCAUGAGUCUGUUCACACUGGAUAUGCAACAUUUAGCUUCUCAUUUGCACUUUGGAAUUGCCUGGGAUCCUGAAUACACACAAUACUUUACAAAGAUGUUAGUCUGGUCACCUGUGAAUCUCCUUGACUGACAGGUGGAUUCGCCGAACAGGGACAUGCAUGAUUUGCCCGCAUCCAAACAAGUAUGGCUGCUUAUGAGGAAAAAAGAAUGAAAAAAAUAUCACAGAGGACUAACAAACAUUGCAGAUUUGUGCAGAGUCAACGAGAAAAGCACUAAACUCUGUUAAUAUGAGGCAUGAAUCUAUAAUAAGAACUGGAUAAGACGCUCCCCCUCUGUUCGCAAACGAGAUGGAAUAGUGGCAUCCACAACUUUCACAAAGGGAUGAUUUUGAAAGGAUUCUUCUGUAUUUUUACAAUACGAACUUCAAAUCCUAAAAGUUAACUGUGUUAGCCUAGCCCUGCUCUGAGCCCGCAUUAACUCCACUCCAUAGAUAAUGAACGGAGAUCUCACAUUGACGACCGUGUCUAUUGGCACAAAUGAGUCAACAAAGCCGUCAUCUUGGUACAGAUACCCCCCCCCCCCCUUUAUUCCUUGAAUAAAUGUAUUCCUUGACAUUCAAGGAAUACAUUACAAAAAAAAACAAGUAAAUCUUGAGGUUUUUCUUUCAGUUACUUAACUCAAGACCUCGCUCAAUUAAUAUGAAUUGUUCUUAUUAGUAUUAAACUUUUUUUUUGGUUAAACAUUAAAUAUUAUAACGUAACAAUUAUAUAAUAAUGCAAAUUAAAUACAUAAAAUGCUAUAUAAACCUAAGAAAUGACUAAAGGUACAACGAGGCGACUAAAUGAAAUACUGAAACAGAAUUAGCCUAUUUGGUGCUGGUUCAGUCCUGGUUCAGCUCUGGUUCAGUUCUGUUUUAGUCCUGGUUUAGACUUAGUUUAGUCCUGGUUCAGUCCUGGUUUAGACCCGGUUUAGAUCCUGGUUCAGCUCGGGUUCAGUUCUGGUUUAGUCUUGAUUUAGUCCUGGUUUAGACCUGGUUUAGUCCUGGUUCAGUCCUGGUUCAGCUCUGGUUCAGUUCUUUUUUAGUCCUGUUUAGACCUGGUUUAGUCCUGGUUAAGUCCUGGUUUAGACCUUCUUUAGUCCUGGUUCAGUCCUCCUGGUUCAGUCCUGGUUCAGUCCUGGUUAAGUCCUGGUUUAGACCUUCUUUAGUCCUGGUUCAGUCCUGGUUUUGUCCUCCUGGUUCAGUCCUGGUUCAGUCCUGGUUUUGUCCUCCUGGUUCAGUCCUGGUUCAGUCCUGGUUCAGUCCUGAGUUUAGUCCUGGUUCAGCAUCUUCACUCGCUGAUACUGUGAAAAACCUUUGGUUAAAUGACGUUCAGUGACUUUAGAUCAUGGAACCCUGUACCAAGAUGGCGUGGUAUUACCGCACGCCAAGCGGCUGAACGUGAGAUCUGCCGUUCUACAUCUAUGGCUCCGCUCUAGCAGCUGGCGCUCUGAUUGGUCAGAACUGCACGUUUCUGACAUCACACAUUUGGUGGUGUAAGGCAGUAUUCAGGAAGUAAUGUGGAAGUAAAAAUCUUUUUUGCAGCCAAUAAGCACAGGCCAUUGAAAACAAUAUUUCGCCAUCACAGAUUCAUCUUCCAGAUCUUGUUAUACUUCCAUGACCUGAGAUGAGAGAAAUGGGAUUUGUUCAGAAUGGUUCCUUCGCACGAGGAAUCCAGGGAGAGGAGCUGGCUAUGACGCUCAGCUAAUAGGGAUCCUAAUAAUAAUAACUGAAAAAAACAAAACAAAUGUGAUUGCACAAACAUGGAGGGAGUGGGGACCAGACUGAUAUCCAUGUGUAUAAAAAGUACAGAGAUCAUUGUGGACUUGUCAGGCAAACUUUAUAACACAAUAUUCUACAGUGAAGUUUGAGCCAUAGUUUGAGUAACUUUAGAGCACUUUAGUUGCUGGAAAGUCAUAUGGACAAAUCAGGAGUUUGUAAAUACGUUUUUGGGAGGUUGUUUUCAGGCAAAGCACACGUACAACAAAGCAAAUGUAUUAUUAGCUGAAAAAAAUGAUAUUUUAAUGGUUUAAUGGUGCCACACGAUGAUCCACUGUGUGUGAAAGCAGUGAAGUGUCGUCUGCAGGUCGUCGAGCUGGAGUUUAUCAAAACAAAGCUACAAAAAUGUGAUUUUAAGGAGUUGUCUAGUGACUACAGUAGUGGUUUAGUAAUAGAUUUAUUGAUAAAAGAUGCAUUUCUGUAGACUCGAGCUUCUAAAAAUAGUACUGAGAUGCUUCCAACCAAAAAGAUGAAAAAAGUUAUAUAUUCUACAGACAAACCAGAAUUUCACUUUUGUUUUGCUUGACACAGCAAGUAGAGUUGUUAAAAAAGUCAGUAAUCAGAUAGCAGUCAAUCCUAAAACUAGUGUGUAAACUAGAUACUCGUCUGAACAAGUGUCGAUACUGAAAGUGAAAUCACAGAAAUGGGUCAAUAGCUCAGUGAUGAGAAGGGUUGAAAAGAGUGUAACUGUAGCAAUGACUCUAUGACAAUGACUAAUAAUACAGAAAAUCAGAUACUAAUCAAAACUAAAACUAGUAUUAAAACUAGAUACUCAUUUUAGAAAGUAUCGAUACAAAAAAGUGGAACCUACCUGAACCACUGAGGCAUUACACAGAUAUAAGAGCACAUGGGAAUAGAAAAGAACAGGGGGUGGGCAAUUCUUUUUUCCAUGGGGCCACAUGAGAAACAGAAAAUAUUGCGGAAGACUCAGUUCUGCAUAAUAUUAAUUGUAUUUCUUUAUAAAAAAAAACAGUAAAUAGUGUUAUUCUGACAAGCUGGUCAGACUGCUGCUAGUUUCCCCCUUGUGUCAGCAUACACCAUGUAAAGUUUUAGGAUUAUUUGACCAUUUAUGCAGUUGCAGUACCUUAAUAUUUACAGUUAUAUAAUUUCACCAAUAGUUUUUCCUAAAUAGGGUGUUUUUGGGCCCUGAGACAAAACGGGGCCGAGUUGAGGUUGGUCCCUAACAACUUGUGAUGGCCCAAGAUACAAGAUAAAUAAUAGUCAAAAAAGGUAGCAAAAAACAUCCUGAGGAGAGGACCUGACUCCCGGCCUAUAAGCAAUGAAAAAGUGAGGCUGCCUUACAAAAAAUGUCACACCUCUUAAAUAAAAGCAAUGUAGCUUUAGUCUAUGCAUGAGGUCAAAUGAUAAAAUAUGUUUACUUUGGGAUUCCAAAUUAUCUUAAUCAGGCCGGAGCUGGACAAUGCCCAGGUUUGGAAAAGAAAGUACUAUUAUUUAAAGUUGAAAAUCACAUUGAGUAUUGAAUCUAUUCCUUAGUAUCGAAAUCGAGUUUGAAAUCUUAGUAUGGUGACAACAAUAACAAAUCAAGCAUUAUUUAAGAAGUGAGUUUUCUUACUUUAAUCCAUCAAUCUGCACAAAUGAAAUAAAUGAUGUCAUGAAGUGUUUCAGAUUGUAGUGGCACACGGGGCUCAUUUCUACUCUAGAUACAAAUAUAAUUCUAGAUGCACAGCUGUACUGAAGAGUGCUUUUGCUGAAGUAUUGUAGGCACAUAAGCUUUGAGAGUCUCAGGUUAGAUAGAACUAAAUAACUGAAUAUCAUGAUUGUAUUCUGCCUCUGAGCUGCAUGAAACUACACUAAUGUGAAGUUCUUUUAAAGCAUUGUAAAGCUGUAACAUACAAACUGUUUCAUAUAAGGCUGUGGUCCCCAAACUUGCUGAAUCUGGACUAGCACUGAAACAAACUGUGAAUAAAAUGUGUAACUAAACCCUGGACUAGAUCAGGACUAAACCAAGACCAAAACACAGGGGUCUACUGAGCGUGGCACAUCCUGGUUUAGUCCUGAUUCAGUUUUAGUUUAGACCUGGUUUAGACCUGGUUUGGACCUGGUUUAGUCCUGAUUUAGUCCUGUUUUAGUCCUCCUGGUUCAUUUCUGGUUUAGUCCUGGUUUAGUUCUGUUUUAGUCCUGGUUUAGUCCUCCUGGUUCAAUCCUGGUUUAGUUCUGGUUUAGACCUGGUUUAGUCCUGGUUUAGUCCUCCUCAUUCAGUCCUGGUUCAGUUCUGGUUUAGACCUGGUUUAGUCCUGUUUUAGUCCUCCUGGUUCAGUCCUGCUUCAGUUCUGGUUUAGUUCUGGGUUAGACCUGGUUUAGACCUGUUUUAGUCUGUUUUAGCCCUGGUUUAGUCCUUCUCGUUCGGUCCUGGUUCAGUCCUGGUUUAGUUCUCAUUUAGACCUGGUUUAGUCCUGUUUUAGUCCUGGUUUAGUCCUCCUGGUUCAGUCCUGCUUCAGUUCUGGUUUAGUUUUGGUUUAGACCUGGUUUAGUCCUGGCUUAGUCCUGUUUUAGUCCUGGUUUAGUCCUGGCUGGGCAGGAUUCAUCACAUCGAUGACGUCAAGAAUGGCGUACCCCCACUUAAAAAAUCCCCACUCCAUCACUGCCUAAACAGGUUUACUACAAAGCCAGGAUUAAACCAGGACAAGUGACUAGAUCAGAUCAAAAUGAAGUCUUGAGUGGGAGGUUUUUCAUUUCACACUUGCAUGAGCACGACUUCAAAACUGAGACUAAACUCAGAACUAAACCUGGACUAAACCAAGACUGAAACUGAACAACAAGUCUACAUCAGGACUAAACUGGGCUCAAAACAAAACGCAUCUGGUCACAGUUUAGUCCUGCUUUAGUUUCAUCAAAUCCAGAGUUAGUUUUAGGUUUAGUCCCAAUUAGUGGACAUACAACUAUGGAACCUACCUGGACCACUGAGGGAUUACACAGAUAUAAGGCCACAUGGGAAUAGAAAAGACACACAACCACUAUUCACAUCUUAAUUUAAACUUGACUAAAAAGGUUUAAAAUAGUCCAUAAUUUAUACAACAAAACAAAAAUAAAAAAAUGUCAACAACUGUUCCCCAAUACCAUUACUGUUGGAUCCAGAUUGUGUUCCACAGUUUGGGAAUCACAGUAUUAUUGUAAAUGAAGCCUAAAUGACUGUUCCUCUGAAUGUGCCCCUUUAAAACUCUGAACUAAGGCCUUGUGUUUUAUUUUGAAAAUCGUGUGUGGUUUCCUUUUUACACAAGUCAAUGUAAAUGAAUGUUUCCCAUUUUAUACUUAGAUUACACAUACUUUCUAUGUUCACUGGACCUAAAACGCACUUCUGAUGUUACUGUCAAUUGUGUUUAAAUCAUUAUAAUUUUAACCAUAGACUGUAUAUAUAAAUGGACAUAGUGUGAGCAUGGCUGCACUUCUGACUCCAUUGGCUCGAAUUUAUUUUGUAUUGAAAAAAUGUCACUCCUCUCCGUCUGUCAGGCUCCUCAUUUUGGUCUUAAAAUGCCUGUAUUAACCCACUUUCUUGGUGCUUUUUUUGGAUAUUUUGUUCAUGAAUCAAUUUCUUUUCCUAAUAUGGAGCUCCAAAUUCACUCCAUAACUGCUCCGGGCGACGUCACACUCCCUUAUUCCACUUCUUUAUACAGUCUAUGGUGGUAAUAAGCUACGCCCUGAGGAACAUCAGAUUUGAAAUUCUGAUUUCUUUGGUGUAAUUGUAAGGAAAGUAAAGCUGCUGUUUGCAAUGACAGUUGAGGUGACAAAAAGUAAACAGAACAUUUGUUGAGUCGUGACAAUUCCCAUUUCAAAGCUGAAGUCAAUAUAACUAAAAAUUUGAUUCCUGAACUUGUUAUAAACAGCCUGUUAAGAAUGUUACAAAUUAGGUCUUUUUUAAAACUUGUGUUUUGUUUACACACUAAUAUUGAUUCCAGAAUGGUUGAUUUGACCAUCUAUGAGUUUCAGAAUGAUGAAAAAAUGUGGACUGUUGCCAUAGUUAUUGACAAUUUAAUUAACAGUUGACCAAAUAAUAUACGUUGAGUUUUUACUGGUUCAUUUUUAGUAAUAAUAAUAAUAAUAAUAAUAGUAAUACAUUUUAUUUAUAUUGCACUUAUCUCAAAAGUGCUAGAGGUAAAAAAAAAAAAAAGUGAAUAAAAGUGCAUCAAACUAAAACUAUUACAACAUAGAACCAAUAAAAUACGUCUAACAAAAGGCUUUGGUAAAAAAAAGAUAUGUAUUAAGAUUUCGUUUAAGUAAUAGUAGUGAAAACAUAAUUUGGCGACAUCUAGUGCUGAGUAUUGGGAGUAACAUGGGUUCUUCAACUUACAAUUUUAUUUUUCUAAAUGACAGAAAGCUCAAAAAUACUGUAGUAUUAUGCUGGUGGUGGCAAAUACAGGUGAAUAGUGACCAAGUAUAAUUACUCACGUGAAUAUUGUACAUUUUGGGAGAAUAUAUGCAUUGUUUUGUAGAAUAUUACAAAAAUCAUGUAACUUUCCCUUUUACAGAAAUCGGUGUAAAUGAAUGUGACACAAUUUGUAAUAUCUUUGUUUUUUAAUUUUGUAUUAUACUUUAUAUGUAUAUUUUUAUUUCUGUGCUCACUGGACCUAUGAAAUAUGAAGCACUGGGGAGUCUUACCUUUUAUAUUCACACUGUAACAUCAUUUUAAGGUAAUAAUACUUUGGCUAACAUUAACAAUAUUAGUGUUAUGAUCAUGGUUUAUGUACAGCAUUUGUGUUGAAUCAGUUGUUUAUAAAAUCAUGUUUUAUUUUCUACAUUUUCCUUUUUAUAUGUUUUGGAAAUGAUUGUACAAAUAAAAAUGUUUAGUGCAAAGAUUCCAUAAGCAAUAAAUGUU